AUGACCACCACCAGCAACAGCAACAUCGGUCAGACUGGGGUGAGACCUGUUGCUUCAGAGCCUACUGCUGCUCCAGGACCAAGGCCAGGAGCUGGACCAUUACCUGGUCCAGGAGCUAGGUCUAGACCCAGGCCAGAAGCUGAGUCAGUACCUGGGUCAGUACCUCAGCCAGGAGCUGGGUCAGUAACUGGACCAGGAUCUGGGUCAGUAACUCAGCCAGGAGCUGAGUCAGUAAGUGGACCAAAAGCUGCAUCAUCACCUGGGCCGGGACCUGGUGCUAUUCCAGGACCUGGGCCAGUGCCUAGCACUGUUCCAGGUUCUGGGCCAGGGCCUGGUGCUGCUUCUAGGACUGGGGUGAGACCUGUUGCUUCAGAGCCUACUGCUGCUCCAGGACCAAGGCCAGGAGCUGGACCAUUACCUGGUCCAGGAGCUAGGUCUAGACCCAGGCCAGAAGCUGAGUCAGUACCUGGGUCAGUACCUCAGCCAGGAGCUGAGUCAGUAACUGGACCAAAAGCUGCAUCAUCACCUGGCCUAGAGCUAGCACCUGGGUCCAGACAGGGGUCUGAGACUGGUUCCAAACCCAGUGAAUCAGUGAUAACCCCAUCACCAACACUACAGCAGAAGAUUCGGGUCAAAUCCACACAGGCCCCCAGACAGAAGAUUCUGGUGACUGGAGGAGGAGGCUACCUCGGCUUUAGCCUGGGUUCUAGCCUGGCCAGAAGAGGCACGUCCGUCAUCUUACUUGACCUCCGCAGACCCCAGUGGCCACUACCUUCGGGGAUCGAGUUCAUCCAGGCUGAUGUCCGAGAUGAAGAAGCCCUGUACCAAGCCUUCAAAGGGGUAGACUGUGUCUUCCACGUGGCCUCCUAUGGCAUGUCUGGUGCUGAGAAGCUGCAAAAACAGCAGAUUGAGUCUAUAAAUGUUGGAGGCACCAAACUAGUGAUUAAUGUCUGUGUCCGCCAGCGGGUUCCAAGGCUCGUGUAUACCAGCACAGUCAAUGUGACAUUCGGCGGGAAGCCCAUAGAGCAGGGUGACGAGGACUCCGUGCCAUACUUCCCCCUGGAUAAGCAUAUGGACCACUAUUCCCGAACUAAAGCCAUUGCUGACCAGUUGACUCUCAUGGCCAAUGGGACACCUCUCCUGGGAGGAGGUACACUCCGCACCUGUGUGCUCAGGCCCCCAGGAAUCUACGGCCCUGAAGAACAGAGACACCUGCCCCGGGUGGCGAGCUACAUCAAGAGGAGGCUGUUCAUGUUCCGGUUUGGGGACCACCAGACACGCAUGAACUGGGUCCAUGUACAGAAUCUGGUGCAGGCACACGUGCUGGCAGCUGAGGCCCUCACCAUGGCCAAAGGCUAUGUGGCUAGUGGGCAAGCGUACUACAUCAAUGACGGGGAGAGCGUUAACCUCUUCGAGUGGAUGGCACCACUGUUUGAGAAGCUGGGGUACAGCCAACCCUGGAUCCAGGUGCCAACUUUCAGUGUUUAUCUGACAGCUGCAGUGAUGGAGUUCCUGCAUCUGACCCUGAGGCCCAUCUGUAGCAUCCCUCCACUGCUCACUAGAAGUGAGGUGCUCAGCGUGGCGGUGACGCACACCUUCCAGAUCACCAAGGCCCGAACUCAGCUGGGUUACGCGCCGGACAAGUUCAGCUUCGGCGACGCGGUGGAGCGAUACGUGCAGUCCCUGGCCCGGCAGCCCCGCGGCUCCAUGGCUCGGACGCUCCUGCGGCUGCUGCUCUUGCUGCUGCUGCUCCUCAGCCUGCUCGGACUGGCCGUGCACUUCCUAGGCCUGCAGCCUCUGCGGGCGGCGGUGUAGCACCUCUGACCGCUCCCAGCCUCCACGACCCCACCCCGCCCCCAUGUCUGGCUGGCUGAUUUGAGCACGCCACUGCGCCCUGACCCCGCCCUGGACACGCCCUGCCCCACCCUCGAGAUUGGGCACGCCCCUUGCUCCUCCCCCUG